UUAGAACGAACCAAUCGGAAAGCAAAAAAAAAUGCAGAGAUGGUUGAAGAAGUCAUACUAGUGUUAUUGAUUUCAUGAAUUAAUCUUAGAUGAAAAAAACCUACACCAAAUUAUUGAUCCAAUCUAGAGUCAUGUGAUACCUCCAAUCUACUGUCGGUUGGCUCCUUGUACGAGCCUACCAUGUUAUUUUUGAAAUGCCAAAACCGAUUGAGGAGAGGGUCUACUAACCUAAGGUGUCAUACCUUGCAAUGCCAUGCCAUCCCAAAGCAUUUGAAAGAGCCUAUCAGUGCAAAAGAACUGGAUGGUUUCCACAAGAGGGUGAAGAGAUUCAUGGUACUGUCUCCUUUGAGGAAGUUUGGAAUAAUUUUUGCUUGACGCAGUUUUUCAAGAACACAAUAGAAUCUAUGGAAGAGAUCAAAGCACUUUUUGAUGAAGCUUGAAGUGCACUUUUAAAGGUUAAGAAGCUGAAAAAGUUGGAAGAUCCAAGGAAGUUUGUAGUUCUCUACAUUAUAUUAGGAGUUGAAUUCCUCUGUGAUAUAGGAUCUACAGUUAGUCUCAUGUCCGAGGACAUUUUUGAGAGAUUAGGUCUUGCUACAGAAGCUGCAAAGAUAACAAUGACCUUUGCAAGUUUCUCCACCAAAUCUCCAUAUGGUAUUGUCAACAAUCUAGAAGUGGGAGUUGGAAACUGCAUUAUUCAUGUUUACUUUCAGGUUUUGGAGAUGGGUAGUGGAUCAAGUAUGCCUCUCAUUUUUUUGAAGAGAUUUUCUAGCUACAAUAUGGGCAGUAGUUGACAUGCCAAAAGGUAUAAUAUCCUUCGCAAACAUUGAUGAGAAUAUCUUCUACAAAGCUCGGCCACAAAACUGAGGUAUGCAUCUAACUUCAUGCAUUGAUGUAACUGAUGUUCCUUUGCCUAUAAAUGUUUCUUAGGAAGACAUAAGUGAUAAGAACAAUGUCAAAGAAGCCAUGAUUAGUGCAUCACAUAAGUCUAGGGGAAAUUGUAAGAAGAAUAUGUAGUACGAAAUGAUCAAGUGUGAUCCUCACUUGACAUUGAUUCCUUGACAUUAAUUCAAAGCAGAAGUCUCUCACAACCUUUUGUAAAGGUUCGAGAUGUUCUCACCUCAGAGUUGAAGGACAAAGGAGAAGAUGUUGUAAAAGGAUCAAAAGAUUAGUAUGGGGAAGUUGAUAUAUUAUAGUUUUUGUGGAUUUUCACCAUGAUAUAAGCUCUAUUUUCGAGUAUUUAAUUUUUGUUUCAAAUCGUUUUAGAGCAUUUCAGGUUUAGGUACGCUUUGGACAAGAUUGGAAAUUUUGGAGCACCUUCGAGUAUUGAGAGAAUGACAGCUGAAAUGACCAAGUCGGAGCACGUAUUUGGAGAUGCAUGGUAUCGAUCAUGGUAUCGACCGACAUCCAUCAUUUGUGUCAGUCAACACCCAUUGAGCACAUGCAAACCCGACGAGUUUUAUCAAGUAUCAAGAAUCUCAACUUGGCUUAAAAGUCUCGUAUUUGCAAUAAAGUUCCUAACAUGUCUUAUACCUAUAUCUACUAUUCAAAGUCAUUGUUUAGGUUAAGCUUUAUUUUACUUUCGAGAGCUUUUGGAGAGACAUAUCAUAACUCAACAGAGAUAAGAUUUCAAGCUUCCUUAAUUCCCUCUUUGAUUUAUUUAUGCAGUUUAUUCAAAAUAUGAUUUGUGUUUAUGAUAUCAUGUCUGAUCAAAACAUCUGUUAGAUUUAGGGUUCUUCAAAGGACUGAUGAAUUGUUAGCAUGAUAUAACUGAUAAGGUUAUCUUAUAUUCUUCAUUUGGGUUGUUCUUAAUGCUAGAUGUAACUUGACAACUUGAAAUCUAGAUCUUAUGAUAAUUGGUAGAUGUGAAAAUGUAAUUGAUUCUUUGAAUUAGUCUUAGAUGAGAAAAAUACAUAUAUGCAAAGUGAUUGGAUUUAAGUAUUUUGUAAACUUAUCAAAAAAAUUCUUAAUUCUUGUAUGAAUCGAUCGAAUUUGCAAAGAGAUUUGAAAUUCUAGAUCUAUACGUAGAUUAUUUGUGCAACGAAGGGAUUGAUUUGAAUACUUUGAUUUGAGUUCAAGAAAUGUACUUCAUAAAUCCUUAGCAAUUGUUUGAUAUCUAGCGCUUUCUCUAAUCGUUUACAACCUCCUUCACCUUUUUUGUUUUUUAUUACAUUAAAUCUAAUAUUGUUUAUCUUAAUUCAAAUACUUAUAGAUAUUGAGUGGUCCAUAGAGUUUCUGUGAAUUUGAUCACUAAAUAUUGCACUGCACAUGUGAAAUUGCAGAGUAGUUCAUAGGAUUAGUUUGAGCAUAUCAUAUUCCGAAGCAAAGUUUUCUAACUUGGCUGUUCAUCCUCAAUUAAAGCCCUACUCGCGACCGGUACUAAAUUGGGUAGGUGAAACUGAUUCUUGUUUAUAAUUUGGCUCCAGAAUCAAGAGACCAUCUGGACUACGAACGUCCUUUUGCAUGGACGAUUUGGCUGAGAUCUCUCGACAAUGCUCACUUCAACCUCUAACAUAAUAGAAAGAUAUUGUGAUUCAAGUAUAAGGAUUCGGAGGAGGCAAUUUAAAAACCGGCUUACAUUGGCAGUCGGUGUGAUCUAUUGGCUUUGGUAAGAGAUGAACAAGAGGUUCCAUCAUUACCAAUUUCGAUCCCAAGAUGCUCUCCUUUUUUGCCACUUGGUAGAUAACAGAUCUCAUCCUAGCUACAUAUAAAAAUCUCUGAUAAACCUUUCCAAACUCAUGCCACAUUAGACUCACCACAAAUAAUCUGGGAUAGUGAAACGAUCUGAAGACACUUUUGUAUUUUUGCUUUUAACUACUCGACUCGUAUCACCAAAUGGACUCUUUCUGAUUUUUUUUUUAGUGUGCACAGGACUCCUGAUGAUCUAUAAUAUGGAACUAAAAUUAUGGGGUUAAAAAAUUGAUUGGUUUAACUAUAGCCAUGGCGCUGUAAAACAUUUUCUUUUCUUUCUUGAAUUUUUAAUAUAAAAAUCUUUUUCAAAAAGAAAAAUGUAUGUCGGUUGUGGAGUUAUACACGAGAACUGCAACAGAAAAGAGAAACCUAAACUAAACGAAGAGGGAAGAAAGCUAAUCAGGUAGAUAAAGUCAAACUUUUAACCCCAGAAUCCGAGAUUCCAAUAACUAAAAACCUAAAAAAAUGGAAUGGGUCACACGUUACUUGAACUAAUACUAUAAUCUAAUUUAUACAUUUACUAAAUGAAAAUAAAAUACCAUAUAAAAGAAUAUAAAAAUGGAAGAUGCCAUGGUCUGCAUGUCAGAAACGCACAAAACGAUGUCGUGUUCGGGAUGAAUAGACUUUCCUCUCGAACUUUGCGCUUUCAAUAUUUUCUUUAUUUUUUGGUUCUCCAAAGUUUUUCUUUUCUCCAGUGCAAGUGCCAUUAACAUCUCCGUAAAUUCGAAGCAACCAACGGAAACAGAGAGAAAAGCUCCACAGACAACGUUUCUCGGGCCUCUCUAAUCAUUGGGUUUUCUUCUAAUCAAAAGUUUUCUCUGUUUUUUUCUCUGUUUUUCUUAGAAAAAUUGUUUCUUUUCAAAAACAAAUCAGAGAAAAGCCACUUUGUGUGUUUCGAUUUUACAUUAUUGUGUUUAUUCUUUAGCUGUAAGUGUGUCUGAAUAAUAAUAAUUCAUUGCCUUUCUCUUCUCUUCCUUUCUAAAUCUCUCUCUCUCUCCCCUUCCUCUCACUAAAACGAAGCAGCCAUGGGCGACGAACACUCUCUCAGCCCCAAGGAUAGUUUUGUCUUCAAGCUCCCUAAAAAAUCCCCACUUGUGUUGAGGAUGGUCGUUCUCUCGUUUGUGAUGGUCUGUGCUGUCUACAUUUGCUCAAUCUGUCUUAAGCAAAUCGGUGUCGUUCCCAGUGCUGGUUUCUUGAACGUUGAAGUGUUUGAGAGGCCUUGUCCUGAGCCUAACAUCGAACCAUGGGACAUUCCAUAUGUUCAUUAUCCUAAACCCAAGACAUAUAGCAGGGAGGAAUGUUCUUGCAAUCCGGUUAGGUAUUUUGCGAUUCUCUCCAUGCAGAGAUCUGGUAGCGGCUGGUUUGAGACUUUACUAAACAACCAUACUAACAUAAGCUCCAACGGGGAGAUCUUUUCGGUUAAAGAUAGGAGGGCUAAUGUCUCCACCAUUUUCGAGACCUUGGACAAAGUGUAUAAUCUAGAUUGGUUGAGUAGUGCUUCUAAGAAUGAGUGUACUUCUGCUGUUGGUUUGAAGUGGAUGCUUAAUCAGGGUCUAAUGAAACACCAUGAAGAGAUAGUAGAAUACUUUAAAACCAGAGGCGUCUCAGCUAUAUUCCUCUUUAGGAGGAACCUCUUGCGCCGGAUGAUUUCAGUUCUGGCAAACUCUUACGAUAGGGAUGCUAAGCUAUUGAACGGUACUCACAAGUCCCACACUCAUUCCCCUAAAGAGGCUGAGAUAUUGGCGCGCUACAAACCAGUAAUCAACACAACCCUUUUAAUAGGUGAUCUGAAGAAGGUUCAAGAGAUGACUACAAACGCACUUUCUUACUUCAAUACCACCCGCCAUAUCUUCCUCUAUUACGAAGAUGUUGUCAAGAAUCGAACCAGACUAGACGAUGUGCAAGAGUUUCUAAAAGUGCCUAAACUCAGUUUAAAGAGCCGGCAAGUGAAGAUUCAUCACGGUCCUUUGUCACAGCACGUGCAGAAUUGGAACGAGGUUCAGACGACACUGAAAGGGACAGAUUAUGAGAACUUUCUACUUGAAGAUUACCGUAAGUGAAUGAAUUAAAGACUUAGGAGAGAGUGAUGUACAUAAAUCUCUCUCAGAGAGUCAAUCAUCAACUUGUAGGAAAGUUUUGCUAGUGCCACGAACAGGUUUUGCAAAAUCUUUUUAUCUUUUAGUUUUCUGUCUUAAUCAAGUUGAUAGAUUUUAUAUUUUAUUCAUUCUUUUAUCAGGGAACUAAGAGUGUUCUAUUUUAAUCGGAAAAGACUGAUCUGGUUCAUCCUCUCUUAAUUUGCUUAUAAUGAUUUA